GCGGCCGCCUCUCACCCUCCCACGUCCCGCUCUCAGUAACCGCCUGAGCUGCUGAUGCGCCCGGCCGCCAUCACUGGCCGUUCGCUCCUCGCACCUCCGCUGAGAGCCCCUCUCCUCACCAGGGACCCCUGUCAUCAUAACACCCGAAAACAACUCGCACUCUGGACUUCAGAAUACGCCACCGAGCAGUACUUCACCCUCCGUUUCUGAAUGACGGGCGGUCGGUUCGACUUUGACGAUGGUGGCACCUACUGCGGAGGCUGGGAGGACGGCAAAGCCCACGGCCAGGGUGUGUGCACCGGACCCAAGGGCCAGGGUGAGUACUCGGGCUCCUGGUCCAACGGAUUCGAGGUGGUCGGCGUCUACACCUGGCCCAGCGGGAACCUGUACCAGGGCUACUGGGCGCAGGGGAAACGCCACGGACUCGGCGUAGAAAGCAAGGGGAGAUGGGUGUACCGGGGAGAGUGGACUCACGGGUUCAAGGGCCGGUACGGAGUCCGGCAGAGCCUGAACACACCGGCCAGGUACGAGGGCACCUGGAGUAACGGACUGCAGGACGGAUAUGGCGUGGAGACCUAUGGCGAUGGAGGUUCAUACCAGGGUCAGUGGACUGGUGGGAUGCGUCAUGGCUACGGCGUGCGUCAAAGUGUACCAUACGGUAUGGCUUCUGUAAUACGCUCACCUCUACGAACCUCGCUGUCUUCCCUCCGUAGUGAGCAGAGUAAUGGUGCAGUACUUCGUGACAGCCUGUCUGACAGCCCUGCCGGUACACGUGGUGGCUUUGUACUCAACUUCCACUCAGACGGAGAAGGUUCAGAGAAGAAAAAGGGUCUUUUUCGCCGUGGUUCCCUCUUUGGGAGCCUUCAGCGACUGCGCAAAUCUGACUCACGAUCGUCAAUUUCUAGUAAACGCAGUUCAGCACACAGCGACACAAACAUGAGCCGCAUCAGUUCUAGUGACGCCAAUUCCACCAUCAGCUUUGGAGACGGAGACACAGGCGAUGACUACCUGCCUCUGGAGGACUACGUGGAUGCCACCACCACCGAGGCCUACAUGGGUGAGUGGAAGAACGACAAGCGCAGUGGAUUUGGUGUCUCAGAGCGCUCCAACGGCAUGAAGUACGAAGGCGAGUGGUUGAACAAUAAGCGCCAUGGCUACGGCUGCACUCUGUUCCCUGAUGGAUCCAAAGAAGAAGGCAAGUACAAGAACAACGUUCUGGCCCGAGGCCUCAAGAAGCAGCUGAUCCCGCUGAGGAACACCAAGACCAAACAGAAGGUGGAUCGAGCCAUCGAGGGAGCAGUGAGAGCGGCAGCUAUCGCCAAAACCAAAGUCGAGAUUGCCAUCUCCAGGACAGCCCAUGCCCGGGCCAAAGCAGACUCUGCAGACCAGGCGGCUCAGUCAGCCGGGCAGGACUCUGAUAUUGCCAGAACCGUGGCCAGAGAGCUCUCUCCAAACUUCCAUCAGCCAGGCCCUGACUACAUACGGCAGAAGUAUAAUGAGCCAAUAGAGGUGAAGGAGGUUCCUGUGGAGAAAAAGGAGAAAUCUCCAACAGGGAGCCCUCAUUUCUACCGGAAGGGCACAACACCCGACCAGUCUCCAUCUUCAAGCCCAGUUCCCAGCCCCACUCCUUCACCUAUUGCUGUAAAAAGUACAAUUUUUAGCAGUAAAAGUCCCGCCGCAGUCACUCAACCAACUGCACGACCAACGACAGCAGGCAUAACAAAGGCAGCCUCAAAACUAUCUCUCAAACAGGAAGUGAGGCAACAGGAGGCUCCUCCAGCAGUCAAACCAGCUGUAACAUCAGCAGGUGGCGGUAAACCUAGCAACGGGCAGAUUCACUCCCAGUACCAUGGUUACUAUGUCAAGGCAGAUGUCAAGAUACCGCCCCCCGAAGAACCAACUGGUGUGGAGGACGACCUUCACCCGGCAAGCCUUGCACGCUUGCCACCCCCCGCCAAACCACUUUGGACUUCAGCACCAAAAUCCCCACCCACCCCUACCCCUUCACCAGCUCCACCGAAAGAGAGCACAAAAGCACCAGAGCCCCCCAAGCCAAAAAGACAGGAAUCAACCAGACCAAAGAGCCUUGCAGAAACCAAGAAAGCUAGUAUGGAAAUAGUUCCUGAAAUUGUAGAGGAGGAGUCGGGCCCGAACUCUAUCUUGGUGGCUUUAGUGAUGCUGUUGAAUGUAGGCCUUGCAAUCAUUUUUGUCCAUUUCCUCACCUGACCACAUCUGAACCCAGUGGACUCAUCCAAACGCCCAGGUCGCUAACUCUCCAUCAGCCAGAGGGGCCUUCUACAAAAAUGGCGCCCCUCGGAACGGCAGACACGGGCAAAACGGAGGACUGGAAAUAGACGAGUGAAGGUGGAGAAGACGUGUGGGGGUGGGGGGUGGGGGGGUACACGUGGAGGCGAGAGAGAGGAAAAAUUAGAGAGAAAGAAAGAUGAAACCUCCACUACCGCCACCCCCCAGCCCCCCCUCUCUGGAUGGACUGAAUGAAUGUCUUUGGUGCUGAAGUCCAACUUGAUUGGACUGGCGAUGAUUUGUGACUCCACUUAGAGUGCAGUGAAAGCUGAAGCAAGCAGUUACUGGUUUUGAAAAAAGGGCCCCUGAGCCCCCCAACUAUGGAGUCUCUAUCAGGCUUAGCAAUCACAGGAGGCCUGGAGAGUGGCGUGAAAGUGAGUGAGCGUGAGGCCUGGCAUUGCUAAAUGCCUGCGGUGUGUGUGUGUGUGUGUGUGUGUGUG